UUUUCCGAUUCAAGGGACGCUACUCUCCCGUUGCUUCUCGACUGUUCUGGAGGCUGCGCAUAACGUGAAAAACACUUUCGUCAUCUUUACACCAGAGGAACUACUUCCAUCAGAGGGCUUUGGGCUAAUUAUCUUCACUCCAGGUGCAGUGUAAAAGGACAACCUGAAAAUGCUUGCUGCACGUGCAGCACGCUGUUUCUCCCUACCAUUAACUACCUUUGUAACAACUUUAGGCAAGUCCAGUAUCACUGGAGUAGUUCCCAAACAACCAUUACUCACUGUACGCAUACAGUUGUAUGCAUCGGAGUCUAGAAAUGCUGUCAGGCGGCAAGUUUCUCGGGCCAAGAGCCUAAAGGAGCGUCUUCUUGCACCUGCAGGAGAUUCAGCAUUUGGUGUUGGAAGAGGAUUUGCAAUUGGGGCUUCAGCUUUGGGCCUUGGAGCACUUGUCUACUAUGGGUUUGGUCUGUCCAAUGAAGCAGGUGCCAUUGACCGAUCUGUAAUGUGGUCAGAAGAAGUUAAGCGCAGGAUCCAUUCAACAUACAAGUAUUUUGGUGGCAGCCUUGUUGUAACUGCCAUAUCUGCCUUUGCCAUCAGUCGCAGUCCAUCCCUUCUCAACUUAAUGAUGAGAAAUUCCUGGCUUUCUGUUAUAGCAACAUUUGCAGCAAUGAUUGGAUCUGGCAUCAUUGUGCGGUCAAUCCCAUAUAAGGAGGGUUUUGGUGCUAAGAAACUUGCAUGGCUUGCACACUGUGGCAUCAUGGGAGGGGUUAUUGCACCACUGUGCUUCUUGGGAGGUCCUUUGUUAAUCAGAGCAGCUUGGUACACUGCUGGUUUGGCUGGAGGUUUAUCCUUGCUGGCUGCAUGUGCCCCCAGUGAAAAGUUCCUAUACAUGGGAGGCCCUUUGGCUCUAGGCUUGGGUCUUGUUAUGGCUUCAUCAAUUGGUACAUUCUUCUUGCCACCCACAACAGCAGUUGGAGCAGGCCUGUAUUCCAUCAGCAUCUAUGGUGGUUUGGUUCUCUUUGGCUUAUUUCUCCUCUACGACACACAGCAUAUCAUUCGAAAGGCUGAAUAUUACCCUGUCUUUGCUCAACGCCCUUAUGAUCCCAUUAACGAGAGCAUUGGCAUCUACCUGGACACAUUAAACAUCUUCAUUAGGAUUGCCUUGACUUUGACUGGAGGAGGAAGCAGCAAAAGGAAGUAAAAAAUAAAUUGCAGAGGCUCUUGGACAAUACUGAAAUGCAUCCCAAAGUGCUGAUUUUCUUUCCUGCAUGAAGGAGUUUCAAAGAACACAGUGUUUAGAUAAGUACAAUAAAAAAUGUAUAAGAAAUAACACCUUAUAUAAAGUGCCGAAAGUGGUAAAAACAUGUCUUAAUAUGACUCACAGUAGAUCUCAGCAGAUGUCAGGGCUUUCUCAGAAAGCUGAUGAUACAGUUACUCAGAGAAGUAUUUUGUAAUAUUUUUUUUUAGGAGAACUUGCUUUUGUUUCAAGUUGAUAAUUUUGGCUAUAGUCUUGCACAAUUGGUCAUAAGCUUUAUUGUGAAAGCACUUUGCUGAAACAGAGAGGCACUCCCACAAAUUAUUUUAAUAAUAAAAUCUGUCAUAGACUAUGAACAGAAGAGCAGUUCUAAACAGCCAUUAGAGUACAGUAAGAGAUCAUGGCCCCUGCCUUGGUUUCUGAUGAUCAGUAUAAAUUAUCUCAACACUGUUUUUACAGGUCUCUUGCUUUUCUAAUAUCAUCAGCUCACAAGAUUGCUGAUUUUGGCAUCAUUGCUAAUGUGAUAAGUGUUUGAUACAUAGUAAGAUUUUUGAGUCGAUACCUUCUUGUUCAUUGUUUAUAUGGACCAUGUAACUGGAUGAAUAACAGUUUUGCAGAUGAAAGACUUUGAGUGCAAACCAAGGUUUUACAAUUUUUCUGAGUAAUGUACAUAGCAAACAAACCUUCAAAGCAUGUUUAAAACUUAAUUCUUUUGAUCCAGCCACCAGGCUGUAAUUUUUGACUGUACAUAGCAGCCGUUUGUAGUGAACCCUUAAGUAUGAAUUAAAGACCUACCAGAACCA